AUGAACCCCUGGGCCAUCAUCCUCCGUGAGAUGUACUCAAACACGUGUCUGUUCUUCAAGCAGCCGCGUAGGGAGAGCUGCACGUGGUCCUCGCCCCAGACCCCCAGCAGAGCCUGGGUCUCCCAAUCGGACCAGGGCAUCUUUCUGCUGGACUCUGUCACAGCGUAACUGGCUGAGCCCUGGCCUUAAAAGAUAUAUCUGUUUUUGGGAGGCUUUAGGUGGCUACUAAGUACAUUUUUAGAAGAUUGAUUAUGACUAGGGUCCUGAUUUGACCUGACCAGGACAAACAACUGUUGGCACUGACACAGGAAAAACACAGGGCCCUAAUUACAUUAGACUUAGAGGGUAAGGAUGAUGAGGAGGCACCAUACAUGUUUCCUGAUCUGCUUCCUCAGUGGGAUCUGGAUUGAAGUCAUCACACAAAUCAACAAUCUCUGCAUCGGGGGAGAGAGUGUCGUUGCCUAGCACCGGCUCCAGGAACCUGAAGUAUCUGAAAAGUAAGGGCUCCCCUCCGACUCUGUAGGUACGAUCAGAGGUAGAGGGAGGUGGAGAACAGUGGGAGAUGAAGGGUUAAUUUGCAACAGGUUCCAAUUUAGACACCAAGACUCACCUUACCCACAAAUUAUCUGUGCUUUCCACUUACUUCCUGCUGUGGAGACACCGUCGGUAGGUUUUCCUCAGCCGCUUAACCCUCGAGUGGCACUGCUCAGCCGUUUUGAAGUGCCCCAUGGUGGCCAGCUUCUCCGCUAUGUCGGCGAAAAUGUGCCCGUUGCGGACGCAACCUCGGAGGCUUGUCUGGACCUCCUCGUUCCCCCACAGCUCAAUGAGGGCCAGCGUCUCUGGCUCCGACCACGGGGUGUAUCUCAUCUCAUCAGCACCUGCUCCGGGAGACAUUACAUUGGAAACCUCCAGAUCGUAGGUACCGCCCUGCUGAUUGGAUUGACUGAGUCUACAGUGUAAACAUAUAACCGUCUGUAAGAUCACUGUACCUGUGUCCUGGUCUACUGUUUGAUCGUCUCUUUCAUCGUACUCAUCAAUGGAGACCGCUUCAUGCCCAAGUAUUCGCUCCAACUGAUUGUAGAACUUGUAUUCCACUCCCUUUCUUCCACAUCUGAGAAUAGCAGACAGAAAAGGAAGCCAUUUUGAAAUGAAAAAAAUGUGGGUCGAAAAUGUUUUGGGAUGCAGUAUUCUGGCUAUGGGUUAGAUUAGAGUACGCUUAUGUUUCUGUAAAUUAGUAUCAAACAUCAGAAAGUGUCAAAUUUAAACCUGUUGGGUACAAACAUACUUUUUCCUGUCGUAGCACUGACGGAAGUUGUUCCUCAUGGACUUGACUUUCCAACGACACUGCUCUGGGGUCUUGGAGUACCCUUGGUCAUGCAUCUUUUCUGAUAUGUCCAUGUAGACAGGGGCCGUUGUGGACAAAGUCUCUCAGCACCCUCUGAACCUCAUCCUCCCCCCAGAUGUCAAUAAGGGCUAGGGUCUCAGGAUCCGACCAUGAGCCUGGUGUGGUCCUCUCAGAAGUGAUGUUGUUGUCUGCUUCUGUAGACUCUAAAUACAAAACAGCCCAAUAACAUAAAAGUUUCCCCGUUUAGACUUGGAAAAGGUACUUGUGUUGAGGAGACGGCACCUACAGUAGAACCAGUAACUAAAUAUGAUAUACCCAUGCAGGGUGUCAUUAGAAGGUUUGCAUAGUUUGAAAUGAGCUGAACUUUUACCUUGAAGUGAGUCACUGUUUGAUUCCUCUGAUAUGUCAUUGGUCAAGUCUGUCACCACUGUGCUGGUGGAGGGAGGCUGCCUUUCAAGUAUUAGUUCCAAAAUAUCGUAGAACUUAAAAUCAACCUGCUCAGACCCAGAUGAACUAGGAACAACACAGGAAGAGAGAGAUUGCAAAAUUAGAAUCUAUCUGUAAUCCAAUUCACAUUAGCAAAAUGACAAAUGUAUCAAUAAUAGAAGCUGAAAGGCAAUGGUUACCUGAUGGUUUCCUGACACUGCCGAUAGCUGGCUUUCAAGCGCUUUAUCCUGGUGUGGCACUGCUCUGCAGUUCUGUAAAAGCCACGGAAGUUGAGCUUUUCCGAAAUCUCUGAGUAUAUGUGACCGUUGUGCGGGCAGCGCUUCAGGUUCUGCUGCACAGUGUCAUCUCCCCAGAGCUCCAGGAGGAUCACCGUCUCGCCGUCCGCCCAGGGGACCUUCUUCCUGUCUUCUGGCACGCCCACAGCAGCCUCUGGAUGGAUCAGAGUCAAAGGGAAAGAGUGUGUGAGAAAGAUUGUCCCAAUCCCAAACCAUCCACUCACCCUUAUCCCUAAACCCUUGUUGACUCCUCCUCACAGAUAUCAAAGAAUGAGUCAGAUAUGCUAGGUCGAGUUUCUUCCCCAUCCUUCCAUACCCAUACAGGAGUGCUCAAGUUCAUCCUAUUAUAUUUUACUAGUGAAAGAGGUACUGGUUAACCAGUAGAGAGAAUGUGACCAUACCUCUCUCCUGGAAAGAGUAAACAGAGCACUCGUUGUCUGCUGACCAUCCUUCUCUAGACUCCAUGUCAAGACAGUUUUCUGACACCUCCACGUAUGAGGGAAGCUCAUUCCCCAGUAUUCUCUCCAGUAGGUCAUAGAACUUGCAUUCUACUUGCUCUCUUCCUUUCAUGCUGCGUUUGGGGAAAGAAAACAAAGCACUUUUCUGGCUCAAAUAGACAAAAUGUAAGCCAUGACAGGAUAUCAAAGAAGAAUAUAAAGGCCCGAGCAUAGAUCCCUGUGGAACUCCCAAUGCACAAAGCAAAUGAUUGUUCAACUAUAAUUGACAUACUUGUUCUCGUAGCACUGUCGGAAACUCCGUUUCAGUCUUUUCACCCUCGUCUGGCACUGCUCUGCAGUCCGAAUAAAGCCCUGGGCAGACAUCUUUUGGGAUAUCACAGCAAAAAGGUGACCAUUUCUAUGCAUACCCCUCAAUUCCCUCUGCAUUUUGUCCUCUCCCCAUAUGUUGAUUAGGGUGAGGGUCUCCAAGUCUGUCCAGGGAACACUUCUGGUUCCUUCCGUGGAAAUAGAGACAAACACAAGAGCAGUGAUCACUGACUAUUAAUCAUUUACAUUUAACAUUUUAGUCAUUUAGCAGACGCUCUUAUCCAGAGCGACUUACAGUUAGUGAGUGCAUACGUUUUCAUACUGGCCCGUGGGAAACGAACCCACAACCCUGGCGUUGCAAGCGCCAUGCUCUACCAACUGAGCUACACAGGGCCAUUUGAUUGAUUUUGUUGAAUCACAAUGCACAUUCCAAAUGUUAAGUCAGCUGUAUUAACAUUCUAGCAGUUUGACCUCUUUGUAAGAUGUUGGGCAACAUGCUGCAUGCAAACACACAUUAGUCCCUUUCCCAAGAGCCAAUAUUAUGCGAUUUACCAAGACAGGCACAAUAGGACCAUACCAAUCUCUUCUAGACCAGAGUGGCCAGGGAACUCCCAAUCUUCAGUGUCUUCUAGCUGGUCAUCUGUCACCUCUUCAACAUCAUAGGUGACCUCAGGAAAUGUUGAGGGGGACACAUUCCCAAGUAUUCGCUCUAGCUGGUCAUAAAAUUUGCAUUCCACUCUGUAUAUAGGGAAUGGUUUCAGUGUGAGAAUACAGACAAGCACAUUCCAGGGAUAUUUUCCCCAUGUCCAUAACGUGCCAGAGAUAAAAAAGAAUAAUUAUUUAUAUAUAUAUAUAUACACACACACACACACACACACAGUGGGGAGAAUAAGUAUUUGAUACACUGCCGAUUUUGCAGGUUUUCCUACUUACAAAGCAUGUAGAGGUCUGUAAUUUUUAUCAUAUGUACACUUCAACUGUGCGAGACGGAAUCUAAAACAAAAAUCCAGAAAAUCACAUUGUAUGAUUUUUAAGUAUUGAAUUUGCAUUUUAUUGCAUGACAUAAGUAUUUGAUACAUCAGAAAAGCAGAACUUAAUAUUUGGUACAGAAACCUUUGUUUGCAAUUACAGAGAUCAUACGUUUCCUGUAGGUCUUGACCAGGUUUGCACACACUGCAGCAGGGAUUUUGGCACACUCCUCCAUACAGACCUUCUCCAGAUCCUUCAGGUUUCGGGGCUGUCGCUGGGCAAUACGGACUUUCAGCUCCCUCCAAAGAUUUUCUAUUGGGUUCAGGUCUGGAGACUGGCUAGGCCACUCCAGGACCUUGAGAUGCUUCUUACGGAGCCACUCCUUAGUUACCCUGGCUGUGUGUUUCGGGUCGUUGUCAUGCUGGAAGACCCAGCCACGACCCAUCUUCAAUGCUCUUACUGAGGGAAGGAGGUUGUUGGCCAAGAUCUCGCGAUACAUGGCCCCAUCCAUCCUCCCCUCAAUACGGUGCAGUCGUCCUGUCCCCUUUGCAGAAAAGCAUCCACAAAGAAUGAUGUUUCCACCUCCAUGCUUCACGGUUGGGAUGGUGUUCUUGGGGUUGUACUCAUCCUUCUUCUUCCUCCAAACACGACGAGUGGAGUUUAGACCAAAAAGCUAUAUUUUUGUCUCAUCAGACCACAUGACCUUCUCCCAUUCCUCCUCUGGAUCAUCCAGAUGGUCAUUGGCAAACUUCAGACGGGACAUGCGCUGGCUUGAGUAGGGGGACAUUGCGUGCGCUGCAGGAUUUUAAUCCAUGACGGCGUAGUGUGUUACUAAUGGUUUUCUUUGAGACUGUGGUCCCAGCUCUCUUCAGGUCAUUGACCAGGUCCUGCCGUGUAGUUCUGGGCUGAUCCCUCACCUUCCUCAUGAUCAUUGAUGCCCCACGGGGUGAGAUCUUGCAUGGAGCCCCAGACCGAGGGUGAUUGACCGUCAUCUUGAACUUCUUCCAUUUUCUAAUAAUUGCGCCAACAGUUGUUGCCUUCUCACCAAGCUGCUUGCCUAUUGUCCUGUAGCCCAUCCCAGCAUUGUGCAGGUCUACAAAUGUAUCCCUGAUAUCCUUACACAGCUCUCUGGUCUUGGCCAUUGUGGAGAGGUUGGAGUCUGUUUGAUUGAGUGUGUGGACAGGUGUCUUUUAUACAGGUAACGAGUUCAAACAGGUGCAGUUAAUACAGGUAAUGAGUGGAGAACAGGAGGGCUUCUUAAAGAAAAACUAACAGGUCUGUGAGAGCCGGAAUUCUUACUGGUUGGUAGGUGAUCAAAUACUUAUGUCAUGCAAUAAAAUGCAAAUUAAUUACUUAAAAAUCAUACAAUAUGAUUUUCUGGAUUUUUGUUUUAGAUUCCGUCUCUCACAGUUUAAGUGUACAUAUGAUAAAAAUUACAGACCUCUACAUGCUUUGUAAGUAGGAAAACCUGCAAAAUCGGCAGUGUAUCAAAUACUUGUUCUCCCCACUGUGUGUGUAUAUAUAUAUAAUUAUUUUUUGUUGUCUUAGCACGUUCUUAUGUAAUGUACUCACUUCUGCUGGAGAGACUGACGAAAGCUGUUCUUCAGUCGUUUGAUCCUGGUCUGACACUGCUCUACAGUUCUCAUGUAGCCUCUCUCAGACAUACUUUUGGAAAUGAGAGUGAAUACGUGCCGAUUUUUGACACAGCCUUUCAGAACUCGCUGCACAGAGUCUUUUCCCCAAAUUUCUAUCAGGUUUAGAGUCUCAUCAUCAGACCAAGGGACUUUGGUGUCAGUCGUCAUGGAAUAGGCAGCACCUUGGGGUUCUUGACACAAAAGGGUAAGUAAAACUGUCAUGUAUUUUCUUUUACCAUGUACUGUAUUUUACAUUUCAUUCAGAAUGAACAGAAAUUCCACACCUGUGUAUUCUCCCCAUAUCGAGAUGAGAGGAGAUUCACUAGAAGAUUCGAUAUUCACUGGAGAAUCCCUGUAAAGGAGGAACACAGAAAUUCACAUAAAGCAGAUUUAAAACCCCCACAAAAGAAACGCAAUGGCAUCAAAGGCAUGCUGGGAGACACACCAAUAUGAGCAACUUCAAUAUCAGUUCUUACUGAAACAGAGGUGAAUCUGCUUGCCGUUUCCCGGGAACCUCCGAAUUGUCACUCAUUUUCCUCUUCCAGGGCAGUGUCUGCCCUCUCCUACUCUCAUUGGCUGAAAAUGGCGUUCCCUCCUCCAUAAUUUCAUCCUUUUCGAUUCGGUCCCUCUGUUCAUUUCUCUUCUGUUUUGUUCUCUCAGAUAUCCUCCUCUUGCCAGUCUCCAGAUUUGAUUGGUCAAUGGGAACUUCAAUAAUCUCUUCUUUAUUUGGAUGAUCAGAGUGUUUUUGAGUGUGUUUGUCAGCAGUAGUCACCGGUUUUGUGACUGGAGGGAGGGACAGAGAAGAGAGGAUGCAGUCGUCCAUAGGUAAAGAGCGAGUGUCUGAGAGAAAGAGAAUGAGAGGCUCAGUAAAUAACUGCAACUUCUCACCCGGUUAGCUACCACAAACAGUCAAAUAAUGAAUUAAUAAUUCUAACAAUCAAAGCAAAGUGAUACAGUAGCAAAGAUCAUGACUCAUCAGUCAUAAUUAUCCACUGACCCAACCUUACCUUUUACGUCAAUGUGUCCAAGAUUUCUGUGAUGUUCAAUUAAAGCCUUCAUCUCCUCUGGGGGAGUCGCUGACUGCAAACACUCAUCCAGAACUGAGGGGGCUCCAUCAAGCCAUGACACCAUCUGAGAAAGAGCCCUUAGUCAUCACAGGUGUGCAUUAGCAGUGGUAGGUUAAAGUUUAAUACAAUACAUACUGUAUUCUGAAGGCUAACUGAAGGCAAUAGUCAAGGUGAAUAUGUGUUGUGAAAUAAGAUGUUCAGUUCAAUGGUAGCACCUGUGCAAAGUCUGGUACAGGCAACAGCUCCUCCAGUCUGGAGAGGAACUCCCACAGGAGAAUCUCCAGUGCUGUGUCAUACUUCUGGCCGUACUGUACUGGGAACACCUCCUGGGGGUUAGAAGACAUAGGAAAAAAUGAAAACGAGAGAGAGAGAGAGAGAGAGAGAGAGAGAGAGAGAGAGAGAGAUCAUCUUACCAGGAAGAAGUGCUCUUUCACACCUGGGUCUUGUAGCAGGGUUUGGACCAGCUCCAAGAAAUUGGCCCCGGAAUCCUCUACUUGUGCAUCUGUCCCCUGUAACAUGCACACACACCACAGGAGAUUCAUUACCCAAACUCUGUGUGUAUUUCUUCCUAUAUAUUAAAUGUAUUUUAUGCACAGGAGGACGCUGAGGGGAGAAUGGCUCAUAAUAACAGCUGGAAUUGAGUGAAUGGAAUGGCAUCAAACACAUGGAAACCAUGUGUACCAUUCAAUUUAUGCCAUUGCAGACAUUACUAUGAGCCCGUUCUCCACAAUUACAGUGCUACCAGCCACCUGUGGGUUAAUGUGUAUAGUAAAUCACUCACACAGUGGUCCCUGGGUGUAGUAAUGGAAGCUUUGAUUCUGUCCAGGUGGGGCUGGAUGGUCUCAGGGUCGACUUGGUGAUCACCACGACACAACUCCAGAACCAGCUAUGGUCACAAAAAAAGUAUUUCAACACUAUCAUUGGCACUGUGCGCUACUGGUUUACUGCUUCAACUAUCAACCACUUUUUCGACAGAUUGGAGGGAACUAAUACGGUGUUACCAAUAGCUAAAUGUACAAAAAUAAAUAAACAACAUUUCAGUCACUAAAUAAAUCCAUGUGCAGACACACGUCUCAACAGAGAUGCUAACCCUGGCUCUCAGUCCCAGAAUGAGUUGGGCCCUCUGCCGGUAAGUCAACAGCUCUGGAACCAUCUCUGUCACCGAGGUGACAAACUCCUCCAGCAUCCCGUAAUGCAUGACAAGUCCUUUCUGCACAACUUGCCACAUAGCAGCUGACAGAAGUUGCAAGGGUGGUGCCAAAAGGCGCAAAUAAGAAAUUGAUAGAAGGGGAUCUGCGAGAGAGAGAGAAAUAAUUAUGUUCACACAUUAAAACACUACUAAGAUCUACCAGCACAUUGGGUAUUUGCUCUUCCAAAGACAUUACAUCAUAGGACUGACAGGGCAACAGUGUCAGGGUGCCCUCUACUGGCCCUCCAAGACAAAAACAAUGCCACAUUAUUUAUUUAGCAACCCCAUGCUUAUACUGUAUUUGAGAAUAUUAAUUAGUGGUGAGCCUUUGUGUUGGGGAACAUAUGGGUAACGUCAUCUUAAUUUGAUCCUUUAAACAAUUGCACAUAGCCUAAACUAAAUAUGAGCCGCAGGAUACACGCUCACGAGGAUGGCACCAGCAUGCAGAUGCAUAACAAACUCAACUCUAUAAUGCUGCGUUCAGGUCGGCACUAGUAAACUCGGAAAGUUCCACUAUAUACACAUUGUAUAUAAAGCAAUGAUCGCAAGCAGAUGUGUAUAAGAAACGUAGGCCAAACACUGCCCAGGUGGUGAAAGAAAAAUCAGUAUUUCGAAAAAGUCACGCACCUUUGUAAUUUUCUCUACGGAUUCUUUCCAUUGCUUGUUUCCGAUUUUCAAAAAAUAUCCGACAGUGUCGCAAAUAUAUCUCAAUAACAGGGUUAUUUUGCUUGUGGUAGUAGUGUCAACGCAAACUAAAAUGCUCUGAUGCUAUCUUGGUAAAAUGUGGAUGUAUUUCUAAUAAAAAACGUGCAUCAUUCUGCAGGAAGAAAAACAUAUCUUUGGGCGCAUAAAUCAUUCGAAAAUAUAAGGAGACUGCUUCUCUCAGUUUGAACGUGUAUGACCGCAAACAAAGAUUCUGGUCUAAUCCGCUUUAGUCCGGAUCACAUGAAGCCUGAUUCCCCCAUUUGUUGUGGAGAACCACAAUAGCCCCGUUUUGCUAAUGAAGGCCACUAGGUGGAGUCACCGCCACUUCCGGGUUGAUUUUAAGGACUAUGGAUAUAGACCAAAACCGCCAUAUAAUUAUCCAUAUGUGGCUAAUCCCUUUUAUACAAUACAUUGUGUGUGAGUGUGAAUUACACUCAUGACAUUCGAGGGCGGGGGUCUCCAUUUAGACACUGUGAUACUGUACUGUCUUUGCAUUGUCCUUUUCCCUAAGGUUCGUUUUUCUUUCAUCACAACUGAGGAGGAAGGGUGGAGCCACAGCCACAGCAAUAUCCGGGAACGCUUGCGAAACAGACCAAACAGACCACGCCGGGGUUUGGGAUUUGAGAAGUCAAUCAGAGAAGUGAAAAAUUAUUCCUGAGUUGUUAAUUUUCUCGAAAUCUAAAGACACAACCUAGAUUCGAGCAAAUGUCUUAAGUAGUUGAAGAUGUUAUAACUCCAACCUCGUGAAAGUGACAAACUGACACGUUUUCAUUUUCGUAAAAAACUACUUUAUAUCGAAGGAACGCCUUUAAUUUGACUGGCCGCACAUGCGCAGAUAGGCGCCAGACGACCGUUAGACACGAUAACGUAUUUCUACGCAUGCGCUUUACUAGCCAACGUCGUCAUGACAUUGCCUACAAGUGUGAUCGGGGAUUUCUAUUGGAGAAGCAGUUUUAGAUUGUCUUCAUACUAUACUGUCUUUGCUGUAAACCAGGGACAACAGUUGCGCAAAUCAUUGCGAGAUGGCUCAGCAAUUGUUAUUAAAAAUAAUUUGCGAUCAUCAGGGAACAUUGGACUAUGCAGAUCUGGCAGAUAUUGGUUGUGGGGCAGAUAUAAUCUGCGCUCUUGAUAAACUUGUUGAAAACGAUUUAUUUUCUAUAGCGGAGUGCAAUGGAAACAAACGCAUUUUUGCGAAAACGAAAGUUAGACGCUGCAAAGCUCAGCAAUGUGAUGGCUGCAAUGAUUUACACCUGUGUAAAUUUUAUUUGUUUGGGGACUGCAAGAAUAGUAGGGGGAGGUAAGCAUAACAUUUGUUGUAUAUGAUUUACAUUUUAGUAGACGCUCUUAUCCAGAGCGACUUACAGUUAGUGAAUACAUAUUUUUUUUAUACUGGCCCCCCGUGGGAAUCGAACCCACAACCCUGGCGUUGCAAACGCCAUGCUCUAUCAACUGAGCUACAUCCCUGCCGGCCAUUCCCUCCCCUACCCUGGGCCAAUUGUGCGCCGCCCAUGAGUCUCCCGGUCGCGGCCGGCGGCGACAGAGACUGGAUUCGAACCAGGAUCUCUAGUGGCACAGUUAACACUGCGAUGCAGUGCCUUAGACCACUGCGCCACUCAUGAUGUACUCCCGAGUGGCGCAGUGGUCUAAGGCUGUGCCACUAGAGAUCCUGGUUCGAAUCCAGGCUCUGUCGUAGCCGGCCGUGACCGGGAGACCCAUGGGGCGGCGCACAAUUGGCCCAGCGUCGUCCAGGGUAGGGGAGGGAAUGGCCGGCAGGGAUGUAGCUCAGUUGGUAGAGCAUGGCGUUUGAUUGGUAUUGGUAUUUUGGCCAAUCACAUCAGAUAUUUCACGUCAGAUCUUAUUUAGAUCUGAUGUGAUUUGUUAGAGGACCAAUUAGUGAAAAAAGACCUGAAUUGGGCUGCCUGUCUAAACGCAGCCAUAGGACCAGAGAAGUCUUAAAGUAGGAAAGUUUGUUUUGCAUGGGCCGGUGUAAACUCCGCUCAUCCGGGGCACCAAGCCAUGCAAAACGAACUCGCCCAAUGUUAGACUGUGUGCCUACACAUUAAAUGUAUCAUUGCAACUGUUUAUUAUUAUUACAUCUAAACGAAUUUUUCAACACUGAUGCAGUUUCAAGUUUUGGGCUGAAAUAGCCCAAAACUUGAAACUGCAUCAGUGUUGAACAAUUCUAUGGGGUUUAGAUGUUGAAUUAAUUCAGCAAACUGAAUUGUGCUUUGUAUGUUUAUUGACCUGUUUAUUGUUACUUUGACUGCAGACGGACAUGCCGCUUUGGCCAUGACCUGCAUUCCGAACAUAACUCCAUAGUUUUGAGAGAGCAUAAACUUGAGACGCUGAGUAGACAGGAACUCCGGCAGCUAUUAUUACAAAAUGACAACUCCCUCCUUCCACCGGUAAGAGCCAAACGUUUUCCUCUUCCUGCUAAUGUGGAUCAGUAGAAUGUGUGUGUCUGUGUGUGUGCAGGGUCGGUCUAGGCAUAAGCAAGGGGGGGGGGGCGGGGAAAUCUAUCGGGUCUCAACUUAUUGUUGAGAGUUAGAAUAGUGUAAUACGCAAGUUCGACAUUUGUUUGUGUAUCAGCAAUUUUUCUCUUAUUAGGUCAGUCACUGACAGUCACUCAAUUAGUAAUGUCAGCUAACCAUUUUAGAUUGGUAAAUUAGUCUAUCCAGCUAUCUAAACUUGUAGUAAUCAUGGCCAAAUACCGACCAGGUAUGCAGGGCACAUGCCCAGGGCCGCUGACCUCCAGAGGGCCCCCAUUGAUUUUGUUAGUCACUCUCACUCAGAUAUCAUAAACAUGGCAUAAGUAAUGGCAGAAUGUGUAGAAUUGCAGAAAAUUCACUUUAAAACGUACAUUUCUCUCUGCCAUCAAGAGGGAGGGCCACUAAAAUGUUUUGCCCGCAAGGUGGGGUGGGGGGGGGGGGGGGGGGGGGCAACCAAAUCUCACUUAGAACCCCCAAAAGGAUAGAGCCUGCCCUGUGUGUGUGUGUGUGUGUGACGGAUGAAGAGGUGUUCUCUGCACAUUUGAAAUCCAUUUGAAUUCAAUCACUUUUUGACAGCAUCCCUUUUUAUGUAAAUAAAACUUUCCAUAUGUUUGCCCAUGGAAGAAGUGGUCAGAAAGUGAUCUUUUGGACUUGAAAAGUAGGCUUCCUGUGCAUGUUUGUCCACUCCAAAAUAAUUCCGGCAUUCAAACUUCAUGUAUACUCUUGCCAUUUGAUGAAUGGAAAUAGACAUCUGUUACAAAACACCAAAAAGUGUGCCUAAGGACAUUCAGGGAUUGCCAUUGAUUAGACCUACACUAAUUGUGUCUUGGUGACAAAUGUACGUUUUUUAUAGCCUGAAAAGUCGGGACACCUGAAAUGGGGCUCAAACUGUCCCGGGAAAAACGGGAUGGUCACCCUAACACACACGGUCAACUUUACUAGACUAGGCUACAAUGUGUAUUACCAUGAACUUCAAAUAGGCCUACCGGUAGCCAGUGAUGUAGUGGUAAAAAAUAGGUGGGUAAACUCUGAUUGCCGGUCACGGUGAAAAAAGUAAUGCUCACUAUACUUUCAAUGCAUUUUUCUGAAAAAGGUGGGUAAACAGCGUUUACUUUGCGUUUACCCUCCACUAGGCCUACACAACUGCCGGUAGCCUACCCUGUCAGCCGAGGCAAUUUUACACACAUGAACACACGCAGAACAGGUAGCCUGCAUUCAAUAUAAUAGGCCUAUGAGUUUAAUCAAAACAUGUUUACACCCUAGUUCAUGAGUUGACCAUAAUUCAUGAGUUGAAUGCUUGGAGUCUUCACAGAUCGUGUGACAUAAAACACGACCUUUCUUUCCUUACAUUAAUGACAUUUAUGACAGUGUUAUUUGUCAUUAUUAAGCACUUAACAAUUUAAUUACAACAUUGAACAAACCCUGUACGAAUCAUGGAUCUUGGAGAUCUUGGAAAAUGCACUGUAAGUGUAACUAUGCCUAUAUAACAUUUCAUUAUGUUUCGCAGUGAAAACAGAUGUCAUGGGCACACAAAUCCAAAAUAAUGUAGGCCUAUGCCAUUGCAAAAUCGAAUGCUUCUAACCAAUAGAGUCAACUAUAGGCCUACAGUCAUUAAAGUAUACAGUGGGGGAAAAAAGUAUUUAGUCAGCCACCAAUUGUGCAAGUUCUCCCACUUAAAAAGAUGAGAGAGGCCUGUAAUUUUCAUCAUAGGUACACGUCAACUAUGACAGACAAAAUUAGAAAAAAAAAUCCAGAAAAUCACAUUGUAGGAUUUUUUAUGAAUUUAUUUGCAAAUUAUGGUGGAAAAUAAGUAUUUGGUCAAUAACAAAAGUUUCUCAAUACUUUGUUAUAUACCCUUUGUUGGCAAUGACACAGGUCAAACGUUUUCUGUAAGUCUUCACAAGGUUUUCACACACUGUUGCUGGUAUUUUGGCCCAUUCCUCCAUGCAGAUCUCCUCUAGAGCAGUCAUGUUUUGGGGCUGUCGCUGGGCAACAUGGACUUUCAACUCCCUCCAAAUAUCUUCUAUGGGGUUGAGAUCUGGAGACUGGCUAGGCCACUCCAGGACCUUGAAAUGCUUCUUACGAAGCCACUCCUUCGUUGCCCGGGCGGUGUGUUUGGGAUCAUUGUCAUGCUGAAAGACCCAGCCACGUGUCAUCUUCAAUGCCCUUGCUGAUGGAAGGAGGUUUUCACUCAAAAUCUCACGAUACAUGGCCCCAUUCAUUCUUUCCUUUACACGGAUCAGUCGUCCUGGUCCCUUUGCAGAAAAACAGCCCCAAAGCAUGAUGUUUCCACCCCCAUGCUUCACAGUAGGUAUGGUGUUCUUUGGAUGCAACUCAGCAUUCUUUGUCCUCCAAACACGACGAGUUGAGUUUUUACCAAAAAGUUAUAUUUUGGUUUCAUCUGACCAUAUGACAUUCUCCCAAUCCUCUUCUGGAUCAUCCAAAUGCACUCUAGCAAACUUCAGACGGGCCUGGACAUGUACUGGCUUAAGUAGGGGGAAACGUCUUGCACUGCAGGAUUUGAGUCCCUGGCGGUGUAGUGUGUUACUGAUGGUAGGCUUUGUUACUUUGGUCCCAGCUCUCUGCAGGUCAUUCACUAGGUCCCCCCGUGUGGUUCUGGGAUUUUUGCUCACCAUUCUUGUGAUCAUUUUGACCCCACGGGGUGAGAUCUUGCGUGGAGCCCCAGAUCAAGGGAGAUUAUCAGUGGUCUUGUAUGUCUUCCAUUUACUAAUAAUUGCUCCCACAGUUGAUUUCUUCAAACCAAGCUGCUUACCUAUUGCAGAUUCAGUCUUCCCAGCCUGGUGCAGGUCUACAAUUUUGUUUCUGGUGUCCUUUGACAGCUCUUUGGUCUUAUACUGAUAACAAGUUCAAACAGGUGCCAUUAAUACAGGUAACGAGUGGAGGACAGAGGAGCCUCUUAAAGAAGAAGUUACAGGUCUGUGAGAGCCAGAAAUCUUGCUUGUUUGUAGGUGACCAAAUACUUAUUUUCCACCAUAAUUUGCAAAUAAAUUCAUAAAAAAUCAUACAAUGUGAUUUUCUGGAGAAAAACAAUCUCAAUUUGUCUGUCAUAGUUGACGUGUACCUAUGAUGAAAAUUACAGGCCUCUCUCAUCUUUUUAAGUGGGAGAACUUGCACAAUUGGUGGCUGACUAAAUACUUUUUUUCCCCACUGUACGUGUUGGAUGGAUUGGAUGCGCAUUGGUGUCUAGCUGUAAAUUAAAAAAACAAGAAAAUUGUGCCAUCUGGUUUGCUUAAUAUAAGCAAUUUGAAAUGAUUUAUACUUGUACUUUUACUUUUGAUACUUAAGUAUAUUUAUGCAAUUAAAUUUACUUUUGAUACUUAAGUAUAUUUUAAACCAAAUACUUUUAGACUUUUACUCAAGUAGUAUUUUACUGGGUCACUUUUACUUGAGUCAUUUUCUGUUAAGGUAUCUUUACUUUUACUCAAGUAUGACAAUUGGGUACUUUUUCCACCACUGCAGACUGGUGCUACGAGGGUCAGCUGUUUGUUCACCCGCACCAUAGUAUGAUAUGUUAUGUUUGGUAUGGUUACUUAAGAGAGAAGGUUACUUAAGGCAAAAAAGGAGGGUGGUUGGUCGGGGUGGAUGAGUGGGUAUAUAAAGGUUGUGUUCGAAUCUCAUCAGGGAAAACUUAAGCAUUUGAGCUAAUUAGCAACUUUGCAACUACUUACUACUUUUUUUGCAACUUUGCAACUAUUUAGCAUGUUAGAUAACCCUUCCUCUAAGCUUAACCCUUUAACCUAACUCCUAACCUUAACCCCUAGCCUAGCUAACGUUAGCCAGCAAGCCACAACAAAUUGGAAUUUGUAACAUAAGGUACCAUACCUAUUACAAAUUCGUAACAUAUUGUACGAAUUGCAAUUUAUUGCAAAUUCGUAACAUACAGUGCAUUCGGAAAGUAUUCAGACCCGUUGGCUUUUUCCACAUUUUGUUACGUUACAGCCUUAUUCUAAAAUGGAUUAAAUAAUCUAAACACAAUACCCCAUAAUGACAAAGCAAAAACAAAAAUACCUCAUUUACAUAAGUAUUUAGACCCUUUACUAUGAGACUCGAAAAUGAGCUCAGGUGCAUCCUGUUUCUAUUGAUCAUCCUUGAGAUGUUUCUACAACUUGAUUCGAGUCCACCUGUGGUAAAUUCAAUUGAUUGGACAUGAUUUGGAAAGGCACACACCUGUCUAUAUAAGGUCCAACAGUUGACAGUGCAUGUCAGAGCAAAAACCAAGCCAUGAGGUCGAAGGAAUUGUCCGUAGAGCUCCGAGACAGGAUUGUGUCGAGGCACAGAUCUGGGAAAGGGUACCAAAACAUUUCUGCAGCAUUGAAGGUCACCAAGAACACAAUGGCCUCCAUCAUUCUUAAAUGGAAGAAGUUUGGAACCACCAAGACUCUUCCUAGAGCUGGCCACCUGGCCAAACUGAGCAGUCGGAGGAGAAGGGCCUUGGUCAGGGAGGGAACCAAGAACCCAAUGGUCACUCUGACAGAGCUCCAGAGUUCCUCUGUGGAGAUGGGAGAACCUUCCAGAAAGCCAACCAUCUCUGCAGCACUCAACCAAUCAGGUCUUUAUGGUAGAGUGGCCAGAGGGAAGCCACUCCUCAGUAAAAGGCACAUGACAGCCCGCAUGGAGUUUGCCAAAAGGCAACUAAAAGACUCUGACCAUGAGAAACAAGAUUCUCUGGUCUGAUGAAACCAAGAUUGAACUAUUUGGCCUGAAUGCCAAGCGUCGCAUCUGGAGGAAACCUGGCACCAUCCCUACGGUGAAGCAUGGUGGUGGCAGUAUCAUGCUGUGGGAAUGUUUUUCAGCGGCAGGGACUGGGAGACUAGUCAGGAUCAAGGGAAAGAUGAACAGGGCAAAGUACAGAGAGAUCCUUAAUGAAAACCUGCUCAAGAGUGCUCAGGACCUCAGACUGGGGCAAAGUUUUAACUUCCAACAGGACAACGACCCUAAGCACAGAGCCAAGAACUUACUAGAACAGCGCCGGAGAAGAUGGCUGCCGUUUUACAGCCCUCUAACCAAUUGUACUAUUAUGUGUGUUUUUCCGCGUUAUUUGUAAUUUAUUUUGUACAUAAUGUUUCUGCCAUCGUCUCUUAUAACCAAAAAGAGCUUCUGGAUAUCAGGACAGCGAUUACUCACCUCGCAUUGGACGAAGAUUUUUUCUUCAACGAGGCGGCCGCGAAGGAUAUCCUACAAACACCCGACAAGGCCCAAAUCCCCGUCAUUCGCGUGAGGAAGAGACGGAGAUAUCGCGGACGCAGAUCCGGGUGCCUUGUAAGGAUCCGACGGCGAGCGAGUAAACUGCCUCUCCCAUCAAUCCUAUUAGCCAACGUUCAAGCUUUUGAGAAUAAAAUGGACGAAUUAAGAUUACGGUUAUCCUACCAACGGGACAUUAAAAACUGUAAUAUCUUAUGUUUCACGGAGUCGUGGCUGAACGACAACAAUGAUAACAUUCAGCUAGCAGGCUAUACGCUACACCGACAGGACAGAACGGCAGACUCUGGUAAGACAAGGGGUGGCGGUCUGUGUAUAUUUGUAAACAACAGCUGGUGCACAAAAUCAAAUACUAAGGAAGUCUCGAGGUUUUGCUCGCCUGAGGUAGAGUAUCUUAUGAUAAGCUGUAGACCACACUAUUUACCAAGAGAGUUUUCAUCUAUAUUUUUCAUAGUUGUCUAUUUACCACCACAAACCAAUGCUGGCAUUAAGAUUGCACUGAAUGAGUUGUACAAGGCCAUUAAUCAACAGGAAAACGCUCAUCCAGAUGCAGCGCUCCUAGUGGCCGGGGACUUUAAUGCAGGGAAACUUAAAUCCGUUCUACCUAAUUUCUACCAGCAUGUUAAAUGUGCAACCAGAGGGAAAAAAACUCUAGACCACCUUUACGCCACACACAGAGACGCAUACAAAGCUAUCCCUCGCCCUCCAUUUGGCAAAUCUGACCAUAACUCUAUCCUCCUGAUUCCUGCUUAUAAGCAAAAACUGAAGCAGGAAGCACCAGUGAUUCGGUUAAUAAAAAAGUGGUCAGAUGACGCAGAUGCUAAGCUACAGGACUGUUUUGCUAGCACAGACUGGAACAUGUUCCGGGAUUCUUCAGACAGCAUUGAGGAGUACACCACAUCAGUCACUGGCUUCAUCAAUAAGUGCAUCGAUGAUGUCGUCCCCACAGUGACCGUACGUACAUACCCCAACCAGAAGCCAUGGAUUACAGGAAACAUCCGCACUGAGCUAAAGGGUAGAGCUGCCGCUUUCAAGGAACGGGACUCUAACCCGGACGCUUAUAAGAAAUCCCGCUAUGACCUCCGACGAACCAUCAAACAGGCAAAGAGUCAAUACAGGUCUAAGAUUGAAUCAUACUACACUGGCUCUGACGCUCGUCGGAUGUGGCAGGGCUUGAAAACUAUUACAGACUACAAAGGGAAGCACAGCCGCGAGCUGCCCAGUGACACAAGCCUACCAGACGAGCUAAACCACUUCUAUGCUCGCUUCGAGGCAAGCAACACUGAAGCAUGCAUGAGAGCACCAGCUGUUCCGGAUGACUAUGUGAUCACGCUCUCCGUAGCCGAUGUGAGUAAGACUUUUAAGCAGGUCAACAUUCACAAGGCCGCAGGGCUAGACGGAUUACCAGGACGUGUACUCCGAGCAUGUGCUGACCAACUGGCAAGUGUCUUCACUGACAUUUUCAACCUGUCCCUGACUGAGUCUGUAAUACCAACAUGUUUCAAGCAGACCACCAUAGUCCCCGUGCCCAAGAACUCUAAGAUAACCUGACUACCGACCCGUAGCACUGACGUCUGUAGCCAUGAAGUGCUUUGAAAGACUGGUCAUGGCUCACAUCAACAGCAUAAUCCCAGAAACCCUAGACCCACUCCAAUUUGCAUACCGCCCCAACAGAUCCACAGAUGAUGCAAUCUCUAUCGCACUCCACACUGCCCUUUCCCACCUGGACAAGAGGAACACCUACGUGAGAAUGCUAUUCAUUGACUACAGCUCAGCAUUCAACACCAUAGUGCCCUCUAAGCUCAUCACUAAGCUAAGGAUCCUGGGACUAAACACCUCCCUCUGCAACUGGAUCCUGGACUUCCUGACGGGCCGCCCCCAGGUGGUAAGGGUAGGUAACAACACAUCUGCCACACUGAUCCUCAACACGGGGGCCCCUCAGGGGUGCGUGCUCAGUCCCCUCCUGUACUCUCUGUUCACCCAUGACUGCAUGGCCAGGCACGACUCCAACACCAUCAUUAAGUUUGCCGACGACACAACAGUGGUAGGCCUGAUCACCGACAACGAUGAGACAGCCUAUAGGGAGGAGGUCAGAGAUCUGGCCGUGUGGUGCCAGGACAACAACCUCUCCCUCAACGUGACCAAGACAAAGGAGAUGAUUGUGGACUACAGGAAAAAAAAGAGGACUGAGCACGCCCCCAUUCUCAUCGACGGGGCUGUAGUGGAACAGGUUGAGAGCUUCAAGUUCCUUGGUGUCCACAUCACCAACGAACUAUCAUGGUCCAAACACACCAAGACAGUCGUGAAGAGGGCACGACAAAGCCUAUUCCCCCUCAGGAGACUAAAAAGAUUUGGCAUGGGUCCUCAGAUCCUCAAAAAAUUCUACAACUGCACCAUCGAGAGCAUCCUGAAUGGUUGCAUCACCGCCUGGUAUGGCAACUGCUUGGCCUCUGACCGCAAGGCACUACAGAGGGUAGUGCGUACGGCCCAGUACAUCACUGGGGCAAAGCUUCCUGCCAUCCAGGACCUCUAUACCAGGCGGUGUCAGAGGAAGGCCCUCAAAAUUGUCAAAGACUCCAGCCACCCUAGUCAUAGACUGUUCUCUCUGCUACCGCACGGCAAGCGGUACCGGAGUGCCAAGUCUAGGUCCAAAAGACUUCUCAACAGCUUCUACCCCCAAGCCAUAAGACUCCUGAACAGCUAAUCAUGGCUACCCGGACUAUUUGCACUGCCCCCCCACCCCAUCCUUUUUACGCUGCUGCUACUCUGUUAAGUAUUUAUGCAUAGUCACUUUAACUCUACCCACAUGUACAUAUUACCUCAACUACCUCAACUAGCCGGUGUCCCCGCACAUUGACUCUGCAACGGUACCCCCCUGUAUAUAUAGCCUCCCUACUGUCACUUUAUUUUACUUCUGCUCUUUUUUUCUCAACACUUUUUUUGUUGUUGUUUUAUUCUUACUUUUUUGUUUAAAAUAAAUGCACUGUUGGUUAAGGGCUGUAAGUAAGCAUUUCACUGUAAUGUCUGCACCUGUUGUAUUCGGCGCAUGUGACCAAUACAAUUUGAUUUGAUUUGAUUUGAAGACAACGCAUGAGUGGCUUUGGGACAAGUCUCUGAAUGUCCUUGCGUGGCCCAGCCAGAGCCCGGACUUUAACCCGAUCUAACAUCUCUGGAGAGACCUGAGAAUAGCUGUGCAGCGACGCUCCCCAUCCAACCUGACAGAGCUUGAGAGGAUCUGCAGAGAAGAAUGGGAAAAACUCCCCAAAUACAGGUGUGCCAAGCUUGAAGUGUCAUACCCAAGAAGACUCGAGGCUGUAAUCGCUGCCAAAUGUGCUUCAACAAAGGACUGAGUAAAGAGUCUGAAUACUUAUGUAAAUGUGAUAUUUCAGUUUAAUUGUUUUUAUACAUUUGCUAAAAUGUCUAGAAACCUGGUUUUUGCUUUGUCAUUAUGGGGUAUUGUGUGUAGAUUGAUGAGGGGGGAAAACAAUUUAAUCAAUUUUAGAGUAAGGCUGUAAAGUAACAAAAUGUGGAAAAACUCAAGGAAUCUGAAUGCACUGUAUGUACGAAUUGCAAUUCGUAACAUAUCAUACGAAAUGGAUGAUGGACAUCCAAAAAUUACUACAUACCAUAACAAACAUAAUAUAUCAUACUAUAUAAAUGGAGUGUCUCGGAUUUGCGUACAGAUUUAAUAUGAAUUGCUCUGAGACCAGGUGGCUUACAUGAUGACCAAACUGGCUCCGCACAUGCACAUGUUGAUUUUUGUCUAUCCCCACCAGACAUGUUCAUGACACACAGGUUAAAAUACAGGUUGAAACACAAAUGAAACAUUCAUGACAUUUAGCUAGCAACAGCAAGCUAGCUAAAUGUCAUGAAUGUUUCAUGUGUUUCAACCUGUAUUUUAACCUGCGUGUCAUGAACACGUCUGACUUGUCCCGAAGCCACUCCUGCGUUGUCUUGGCUGUGUGCUUAGGGUCGUUGUCCUGUUGGAAGUUACAUUUUUGCCCCAGUCUGAGGUCCUGAGCGCUCUUGAGCAGGUUUUCAUUAAGGAUCUCCCUGUUCAUCUUUCCCUCGAUCCUGACUAGUCUCCCAGUCCCUGCCACUGAAAAACAUCCCCACAGCAUGAUACUGUCACCACCAUGCUUCACCGUAGGGAUGGUGAGGAGUGGCUUCCCUCUGGCCACUCUACCUGGGAGAUAAACAUGGGUUGUUAUUUUACCUUAUUUUACCUUUCUGGAUCUUUGUAGAAUUUUGAUCCAUUUUGAGUCACACAAAAUCGUGUGUUCUCUACUCCGACAAUUAAUCCACAGAUAAAAGGGGAAACUUAGUUUUCUUUGAUUAAUCUCUCCUCGUUCGUUCUUCUUCUUUGGAUUUUAUAUGGUGGUUGGCAACCAACUUGAAGGUGCAUUACCGCCACCAAUUGGACUGGAGUGUGGACCUCGUUCAUCUUUCAAUCACCCACAUAAAAAACAUUUAGUAGAUGGGAGAGAUGGGACUUGCAGGGCGUCAAGUAUCUAUAAUAGAGCCAAGUUCUAUUUUAGCACCUGGCUACGCAGAGGCCCACGAGCAGUUUGGAUGAAAUUAUUGAAUAACAUGUAUGUGGACAUUUAUUUUAAAAUGCUCACGCACGCACGCAGCGCGGAUGGUCUGGUCAGCAUGUUAGGUUUACGCAUUAUGCCAGAUAGCCUAAAAUAAUGAAAGAAAAAAACCCUCAAUAAAGCCUAUAGAUAUAAAUUGCACAAGAAUUAUACAUUUAUGGCUUUUUUAAUGGUAUUGUUUUCUCUUUAUUCAACCACAAAGAUGACCGCAGGUCCACACACCGUCGGAUGUCAACUUAAAUGGCUAGUUGUCUAUUCUAUGGUCUAUUUUUUCUAUGAAUUCAAUAGGUUUCCAAUGGAGGAUUGACAGUAUAAUUUAAAACAACAGAUUUUCCCAUUCAAGUCAACGUUCUCUAAUAUGUGCACCUCCAACAAUCUUUCUGGCACCAUUUUGAAAGACAUUUCAAUUGUAUCCCCAUUUUAGUACAUUAAUCAGCCAAAACAUGACACCCACCCUGUAUUCUAGAGCACGUUGUGUCUCAACCGAUGGUGGGCACAACAUAACUUUAGAUUAUGUAAAAUAGGUCUAAGCUACAACAUAUGCGAAUAUCAUUUUUUUGUUGAGUUUGUUGUUUUAGAUAAUAGUCAUUAAAAUGUUAACCCUUUACACUCGUACCCAUAUACAGGUUGAAAAUGGCAGAUUUGGGCACGCCUAAAUUGGAACGCAGUGGUGGUACAGUAAGAUGCUAUACAUGUCGUCAGACCUCAGGCUCUUUGCUUCACAGCGCUGUAUGGGUUUUGACUGACAGACGUUCUCAACUUGAGCACCAUGCGCUGCCGGUAAUUGGGCAACUUUUGUAAAUGUUUUGUUGACUGAGUGAGGGAAAUGCUGUAAAUGAACAAUAUUUUGAAAUAUGAGAUGUUGAGGAUUAUAAUAAAUACUGCUUUGAUGUCAUACAAGUAAGCCAAACACCUGUGAGUCCAAAUGUGCACUUCACAUUUCCAUAUCAUAAAACUCAUAUCAUAUACAGUGUCAACGUUUUUGAUCACUAUGUUUGAUGUACAGUUACGAUAUGACAUGGCAUCAUACCCUGAACAGAAUUAGCCUAUGUUUGUCUACUGUGAAGAACAUUUGCCGCUGCACACACACCUGAAUGUACUCAUGACUCCUUUCUAUGUGCACCAAAAUUACGAUAUGUUUCUCUGAAUUGCAUUGUGAAAGUCUGACACUGUAAUAUCAUAUUUUAUAACUUAGCUUGUUGGCAAUAGAACAAGCUUUCAAAUUUACAUUUACAUUUUAGUCAUUUAGCAGACGCUCUUAUCCAGAGCGACUUACAGUUAGUGAAUACAUAUUAUUUUUAUUUAUUUAUUUAUUAUACUGGCCCCCCGUUGGAAUCGAACCCACAACCCUGGCAUUGCAAACGCCAUGUUCUAUCAACUGAGCUACAUCCGUGCCGGCCAUUCCCUCCCCUACCCUGGACAACGCUGGGCCAAUUGUGCGCCGCCCAUGAGUCUCCCGGUCGCGGCCGGCUGCGACAGAGCCUGGAUUCGAACCAGGAUCUCUAGUGGCACAGUUAGCACUGCGAUGCGGCGCCUUAGACCACUGCGCCACUCAGGAGACAGGAGACAAUCUGGGCCCACUUGGCCCAGAUUGCGAUUUAUGGAUUACGUUAACAACAACAGUAAUUGUGUGAUGGCAGGGACGCAGGCUUGUGUUCCAAACAAAACAACUACCAGUGUGCUUGCUCUAGUUCCUCAACGGCACAGCUAGGAGAGCUAAAAUAAAGUACCUUCUUUGAGUCAUAAAGUGCAUUGAAAUCACUUAGGAACUGUGCACACUUUGGAGAGGUGUGUGGCCACUUGGAGACACCAGUUAGUCCUCACUCAAACCGUUGUAAUUUUUUGUCUUAUGUUGCACCUACCCCACAUUUUCCUGGAAUAGUCUUAUCAUGUUACUGAAUGUAUCCAGAGUAUUUUCAGAUUUCGUUAUCAACAAAACUGUUGCCUGUAGGUCUAGAAUAUUGAUGGAUUGAUCAUAUAGAAAUAUCAAAACAUUCUUUCAACUCCAAAGGAAUUGCAUGUCUAUGAUGCAGGAACCACUGACUCGCUACCUUUUUCUAUAAUCAAGACACCUGCUGGUAACUCUUAACUGGUUAGGACAGCUCAUGAGGUGUCCUAAAUAUCUGUCAACUAGGUGUGACUCUUACGACUAAAGAGGCUUCUUGCAUAGCUUCUAUUUUUACCCAUAAGAGUAGGAGUAAAAUGUGUCUAUUCUCAGCGCUUAUGACCAAUUGUCUACCCGGAGAUGCUUUGUGGAUACGGGCCCAACGCUCAGACUCUCAAGGAAGAGAUUGUUGCCCUCAUCAGUGAGAUGCAUGCCAUCCCUAAGGUACUGCCAGGGACACAGUGCUUUAUGGCAGAGUAGCGGAUUGUGGGCAUGCGCCUGUCACAGAGAAAUGCAAACACCAGCUGGUUAACAGAGUGCCGGGCCAUCUCUAUGCGCUUGUUGAUGUCCUCCUCCCACUGGAACUUCCAACUCCUCCACUGUGUGAUGUCAGAGUAGACCACCGUUGUCCUGGGGAACAUUCGGAUGACUACCUCCAAAUCAGCUCACAUCUGUUCCCACAUAUGCUGAGCACUUGUUGGCUGCUUUACCUUCACUCUGUGGUCCAACUCAUCCCAAACCAUCUCAAUUGGGUUGAGGUCGAGUGAUUGUGGAGGCAAGGUCAUCUGAUGCAGCACUCCAUCACUCUCCUUCUUGGUCAAAUAGCCCUUACACAGCCUGGAGGUGUGUUUUGGGUCAUUGUCCUGUUGAAAAACAAAUUAUAGUCCCAAUAAGUGCAAACCAGAUGGGAUGGUGUAUUGCUGCAGAAUGCUGUGGUAGCCAUGCUGGUUAAGUGUGCCUUGAAUUCUAAAUAAAUCACAGACAGUGUCACCAGCAAAGCACCAUCACACCUCCUCCUCCAUGCUUCACGGUGGGAACCACACAUGCAGAUAUCAUCCGUUCACCUACUCUGCGUCUCACAAAGACACGGCGGUUGGAACCAAACAUCUGAAAUUUGGACUCAUCAGACCAAAGGACAGAUUUCCACUGGUCUAAUGUCCAUUGCUCGUGUUUCUUGGCCCAAGCAAGUCUCUUCUUAUUAUUGGUGUCCUUUAGUAGUGGUUUCUUUGCAGCAAUUCGACCAUGAAUGCCUGAUUCACAGAGUCUCCUCUGAACAGUUGAUGUUGAGAUGUGUCUGUUACUUGAACUCUGUGAAGCAUUUAUUUGGGCUGCAAUCUGAGGUGCAGUUAACUCUAAUGAACGUAUCCUCUGCAGCAGAGAUAACUGGGUCUUCCUUUCCUGUGGUGGUCCUCAUGAGAGCCAGUUUCAUCAAAGCGCUUGAUGGCUUUUGCGACUGCACUUGAAGAAACUUUCAAAGUUCUUGAAAUGUUUUUAGAUAUAGGCCUGUUGUAAAUGUGUUUUAUUGUUGCAUCACCAUAUUUAUAGCAAAAAGAAAUACAACAAACAACUUUAAGCUACAUAUUAUUUUGACAGAGGUAAUGAACUGUCCAUUGAUCAGCACAACAAUUGAUAAAACAGGACCAUGUGUGAAGCACAAGAGCUUAUGUCAAUAUUAUGCAGGUAAGCUAACAGUUACAGAAAUUAGGAAUGCAGACAGGAUGUAUCUAUCUGAGAUACUGUGUCAGCGCCUCCUCUAAGAGUAUGAAUUAGGCUGUUUUAUCCUCACUUAAAACCGUUUUUUGUUUUUAAUCUCUUGAAUGUUUUGGCAUUUAGGUCCAAGAAGUGUAGCACUUCUACAAUGGGCAAGGUUUCGUUUAAAUCAAUAGGGGUUCUGUCAAAAAGUGAUUGAAUUCAAAUGGAUUUACCCAACUGCUCUGUGUGUUCAUCUCAGGCUUUCUUGCAUAUAGAUCCGAAUAAUAUGGUGAACAAGUAUUUUAAAAGCCUUGUCACUCACUCUUUCAGGUAUGCAACUCUUAUAACAAAGGCACCGGGCCUUAUGGCAAGUGCCCGGAUCAGGAGGGGUGCGGGAGACUUCACGUGUGCGACAGGUACAUCAGAGGAACCUGCUCCUCGGGAGCCGACUGCAACAGGUGUCAUGACUUCUUUGAGCCCCACCCACGGAGGACCCUGCAGCAAAGGGGAGUGCCUAACGAUCUAAUGGCGUCCAUGUUGUCCACCUACCAGAACAUCCAGGCCAUGAAAAGUGAAGGUGCCGGCGGUGCUGGUUCCAUCAACAGGCCCCAGAGCUGUCCUCAGAGAGAUACAGGUAGAUGGCUGCAGGAGUAAACAACAGGGUUGUGUUCAGUGGGGAAUAAUGUUUCAGAACAGUCAUAGUUACCUUCAAACCCUUACUUGGAAGUAUUUCUCUAUGGACUUGCUUGCCAGCCAGGGUUGGGGUCAAUUCCUUUUCAAUUCCAGACCAAUCAAUUCAGGAAGUACACUGAAAUUCCAAUUAUCUUCAAAACUUUUCAAUAACCAGGUUUCCAUCCAACCUUUUUAUGCGAAUAAAGUACAUGUUGGAUAGAACAUGUAAUUACAGGCCUGAAACAGAAAAUGUAUUGGUGAACUUUCCAAAUGUCGAUGAAACAAAAUACGUUAGACAAGGUGGGAUUUGUUUGGGGGUCAGUAAAAUGUAUUAUGCGAGAAAUGGCGGUGGAAACGCUUUUAUUAACAAAUAUUGAUAUAAUAACCAUAAUAUUGAAGUAAACUUGGAGUCACAGGAUAACAUGUUGUGUAGUCCUCCUACUACAACCUGAGAAAGCAUGCAGUUUAUUUGUCAAGGUCUGGGUGAAGUGGUGAAACGGAAUCAGGCGCAGGACACAGAACUGAGAAAUGAAUGGAUUUACUAAAACAAAAGUAAACCAUAACAAACCCUCCACGCAGGGAAGAGCAGAACAACAGCUCACCAAACGACGUAAAACAACGGACAAUCACGCACAAACCCAGGAGGGAAAACAGAGGUAAUUAUAGGGAAACAAAUAAGCAUAAUGGGUAACAGGUGUGAAUAAUAAAGACAAGACUAGUGUAACACAGAAACAUCGAUCGGUGGCAGCUAAUACUCCGGUGACGGCGAACGCCGAAGCCUGCCCGAGCAAGGAGGAGGAGCAGCCUCGGCUGUGUUCGUGACAUUAUUAGGCUACAGAUGAAAUAAAUUAUGAUGAACUUCACAUGGUGGUGAAAGUGCAAGGUGAUGCGCUUGACGCUCCUUUCCAAUAAAAACCGGGUCUUAUUCUGGUGACAUAAUCAUCAAUGCUUGGCUGCCGUUUGACAAAUAAAAAAUCUUGCUCUUUUGUCCGUAAUAAUCUCAUCAUGUAGGCUACAUGUACCCGCACUGUAUCUGCCAGCUGUUGGCUAGAGCGCACGUGCCAAUACCAGAGUGGGCACAUUCGCUAUAUAACGCAACAUUUUUCAUUCGGUACAUAAUCUUUAUAUGCACUACGUCAUCACGCACAGCCUUUUAUCCGCAACAAGUCAAUUUGAUGGUAACGCAUCUCUGGUGGGGAAAAUGUGCAUAUAGUUCAGAUGGAAACCUAGCUAGUGAGGAAAAUGUGGAAUUGAUAUUUGGUUUACUUUAUGAAUUGAAAUGGUAUUGACCCCAACCCUGUUGCCAACUUUGAUUUCAUGUAACUAAAUGUUUGUUUGUUUAUUUACAGUGAGGAAUGAGAUCUGCCUGUUCUUUGUCAAGGGGGACUGCAAACAAGGAGGUACAUUUAACGAGGGAGAUAUUGUGUGUGGCAGAGGGUCUGGAGGAUAGCUUUCCCAUGUUUGCUUUGGCAGAACACCUGCAAUGGCUUUGCCACAUUUUUACUCAGGCAGAAGCUAUGGCAGCCGGCUGGAUAUGAGGUUAUAACUUUCAAGGUUGUCAGUAGAUACACAAUACAAACCCUGUGAAACCACAAUUCAGGGACAAAUCAGGCUGGCACCCAGGUGCAACAAUGAUACUCAGCAACAUAUCACAUCUUACUGCAAACGUAUGACUUUCAGAGAAAUGCUGGAGAGUCCACUUUAACAUGCCCUACAAGUGGGAAGUGAAGGAUGGACAGACUUGGUCAGCUCUGCCAGAAAACGAAGCGAUCGAGAGAGACUUCUGUGACCCUUCUAAGAUACACAGGUACAGUAUGUUGUUAUGUCAUAUUUGAAGAUAGACUCAGCGAUAUGACGUAGAUGCACAAAGUGAACAGCAUAGUGGGUCAAUUUCCGCAAUAACUAAGAGCGUUGAAGCGCAAGACUCAACUUCCCGCUGUUUUGGUCCCAUGGCUACCACGCUGUAACAGCGUGAAGCGAACCCAUGCACAUGCGCAGAUAUAGUGCUGUGUGUGACUGUCUUGCAUCUCAAUAUCUGCGGUGCUGCUCGUGGCAACGUCAUUUGGCUGAGUCUACCUUUUAACUAGACAAAGUAUGUCAAACUGUGAAUAAGGUACAAUAUACCAAUUUAUUUAACCAUUGACAUUCUCUUAUUUCAUCACAGUGAUGGAUCUGACCGUGUGCGUUUCGACUCCAUGACCCGUGGAUUCAGUGAAGUUCACCGUCUCUCCACAGUUUCCUCUGUGACCCAGCCCACAUACGUACUCACCACAGAGUGGGCAUGGUUCUGGGAGGACGAGUACAGCCAAUGGGUCCAGUACGCAUCCAUCGUAAGUGGUGUGAAACACUCAAACAGGCUGAUGAGUUACAAGGACCAACAAAUUUGGUGUUGGAGAGAGUAAACUGUUAUUUCUUUUCUAUAAAUCACAGAAAGAGAUGCACAGAUUGUCAUCCAUCACCAGUGAAGACCUUGAGAAAAGGUACCAGGAGGAUCAAAGUGCUGUGGUGAAGUUCACUGCAGGCCAGCAGUCUUAUGAGCUGAGUUUCAGAGGUAACACAUCUCAAACUGUUGUGAAAAACAGCUCUCAUGUGCAACCUACUGUAAUAAUAAUAAUAUAUUUUAGUUAUAAGUGCUUAGCACAAGUUACAGUUAGGGUCAAAAAGGCUACUCUUAUACACCCCUCCAUUUCCAUUACUAAAAUCAGCCGCAGGUAGCCUAGAUAUUAGCGAUGUGGAACAGUAGCUGUAAGGAUGCUGGUUCAAAUAGUUAUUCUUGUAAUUACAGAUUUGACGCAAAAAAACACUACAUAUGGCACUAUAAGGAUGGUCAGACGACGUCCUGUCUUUGUUUCAACUGUGGACGCACAAGCUGCCAGAAGCAGGUAAUAUAUGGAUGGGAAUGGACUGAGGAUGGGUACUAUGUUCUGUAUCGAACCAUUUAUUUUAUUACAUCAUUUCUAUAUUUACCUAUUAGAUUACUUAUAAUCAUAACUAUUUAGGAUAGACCAUAAAAUGUGGUUUUGUAUCUCAAACAAUAGAGGGAUUUAUUUAGUUGAGUAUGACUUGUAUAUUUAAGUUGAGAACUAAUAGAGCUUUUCAAUUGAGCUGCUUUUUUCUUGGUGUUGUAUAUGAAGGUUAUUUUUCAUAUGUCAUUUCAGGAGAAAUGGACCACGCAACCCCUCUCAGAAUUUCAGAGCUGUUCCUGGAUUUUGGGACAAAUCUGCCAUACCUGACAUUGGAUACAAGGUGACGUGUUUACAUGGGAUUCUACUGCUCUGGCUUGCAGGGAAGUCUACUGUUUAACAUUGCCUUUCAUUUGGUUUCAGCUGUGAGAACCAUUUUCUUUUCCCCUCCUGCAGACAGUCACUCUUCUGAGUUCUGACAGGGACUAUCAGAAGGUCCAGGAACUUUUCAACAAGACCAUGAGGGGCUUCCAAAUCACCAGCAUCGAGAGGGUCCAAAACAGGGACCUCUGGGAAGUCUUCCAGUGGUAUGUUUACAUCAACUCUCACUCACAAUCCUAGCAUGUUACUUCCAAAAUGCUAAGUUAACCCUGGCUUGAAUGCGAUUAUAGGUAAGCAGUGUUAGGAAUUGAAAACCUGGUCAAGGUGUGUAGAAAUGCUAGAUACAAAAUAUAAGGUGAACAGCUCCUAUAUUUAAAGUUUAUUAGACAAAGAGAGACAUAGACACACACAUAUGCAUAUGGAAAGACAGACACGUUCCUGUAAGAGGUCCGCAGCAAAUCUCUCCCCCUCAAGAGGGGAGGGCUGACCUAAAUACUCUUGCUUUAUCUGUUCGCUGUUUCACCCUUCCGUGCCAGGUGCCAAAGCAUUAAAUAAAUGCGGAGACCUUGGGGUUGAAUAGACUAUACAUUUGAAACGUCUUAAUCGCUUAAAGACCCUCAUGGCCGAUUCUAUGGCUCAGGGGCCCAGAUACCAGUUACUGAGAGCUGUUUAAGUUGACCUCUGGCCUUACAUAUGGUACCUAGAGGCAAAUUCCAAUAGGGAAUAACCAUCCGAAAAUAGCAUUCUUAACAGCAGCUAAUGGUCAUUUCUCAGGAAAAGAGAUUUAAUGAAGAAAAACAAUGGCGGUAAAAACAGCAAGGAGCUACAUCUCUUCCACGGAACGGAUCCAAAACACGUAGAAGCCAUUUGCAGAGAUAACUUCGACUGGAGGCUGUGUGGAACCAACGGAACUGUGUAUGGCGAAGGUACCUCAUGUUAACCAAUUGUCAGAAGUGUAGUCAGAUUUUAGAAGCAGUUAUGAUCUCAUUAUAGUCUGUCAUUUUGUUUUACUGAUGAUCUUCUCUGUUUGUUUUAGGGAGUUACUUUGCCAGGGAUGCCAAAUACUCACACAGCUACACCAGCCACUCAGGAGUGAGGUCAAUGUUUGCUUGUCGGGUGCUUGUUGGUGACUACACACGGGGGAACUCGGACCUCCGUCGUCCCCCUCCAAAAGGCGAGGGAAGCCCGACUCUCUAUGACAGCUGUGUGGACAAUGUCCUGAACCCAUCCAUAUAUGUAGUGUUUGAAAGGCACCAGGUGUACCCCGAGUUCCUAAUCAAAUACGAUGAUGGCGUCAUGCACUGGUCCUCUUCGGCUCCAGCUCCACCCAAGACUGUCUCUAUCCAAUCCACUUCCUUAACCCCAACAUCCAACCGGAUUCAAGCCACAGCUGCUGCUACCCCAUCAAAGAGAGUUCCAUCCACUUUGAAUCCAUCUAAAACUGCAGCCACCACUUCCUCAAAUACAACCAAUUAUCAUCCCACUUUGCGUUUAGUCCAUCAAUCUCUCCCAAAACCUGCCCAAUCCCCAUUCAUAUCCAGUCAAUCUCCAGUCCUCAUAAUGCCAGACCCAAGUUCUCAAUUGGUGGAUACCACCCUAGGCCCAGAUUUCACUCCCUCAUUUGCAAACCUCUCUCACACACUCACUACCCCAGCCAGCACCCCUUCUCUUACGCUCGCUACCCCAGCCAGUACCCCCUCUCGUACGCUCACUACCCCAGCCAGUAGCCCCUUUUAUACACUCCCUACCCCAGCCAGCACCCCCUCUUGUAUGCUCACUACCACAGCCAGUACCCCCUCUCGUACGCUCACUACCCCAGCCAGUACCCCCUCUUAUACACUCACUACCCCAGCCAGUACCCCUUCUUAUACAUUCACUACCCCAGCCAGCACAGCCUCUCGUAGACUCGCUCCCCGAGCCAGCACCCCCUCUUAUACACUCAUUACCCCAGCCUGUACCACCUCUCCCUCACUCACUAACCCAGCCAGUACCCCUUCUUCUACACUCACUACUCCAGCCAGUACCCCCUCUCGUACGCUCACUAUCCCAGCCAGCACCCCCUCUCGUACGCACACUACCCCAGCCAGUACCCCCUCUUAUACACUCACUACCCCAGCCAGUACCCCUUCUUAUACAUUCACUACCCCAGCCAGCACAGCCUCUCGUAGACUCGCUCCCCGAGCCAGCACCCCCUCUUAUACACUCAUUACCCCAGCCUGUACCCCCUCUCCCUCACUCACUACCCCAGCCAGUACCCCUUCUUCUACACUCACUACCCCAGCCAGUACCCCCUCUCGUACGAUCACUAUCCCAGCCAGUACCCCCUCUUAUACAUUUCCUACCCCAGCCAGUACCCCCUCUUAUAAUCUCACUACCCCAGCCAGUACCCACUCUCCUACACUCACUACCCCAGCCAGUACCCCCUCUUAUACAUUCACUACCACAGCCAGCACAGCCUCUCAUAGACUCGCUCCCCCAGCCAGCACAGCCUCUUGUAGACUCGCUUGCCGAGCCAGCACCCCCUCUUAUACACUCAUUACCCAAGCCAGUACCCCCUCUCCUACACUCACUACCCCAGCCAGUACCCCCUCUCGUACGCUCACUACCCCAGCCAGGACCCCCUCUUAUACAUUUCCUACCCCAGCCAGUACCCCCUCUCCUACAUUCACUACCCCAGCCAGUACCCCCUCUCGUACGCUCACUACCCCAGCCAGGACCCCCUCUUAUACAUUUCCUACCCCAGCCAGUACCCCCUCUCGUACGCUCACUACCCCAGCCAGGACCCCCUCUUAUACAUUUCCUACCCCAGCCAGUACCCCCUCUCCUACAUUCACUACCCCAGCCAGCACCCCCUCUCCUAUACUCACUCCCUCAGCCAGCACCCCCUCUCGCACACUUUUCCUUCCAACUGGCACCCUAUCUCGGCCUCACACCCUCUCAACGACCACUACUCCCACUCCCUCAGCCAGCAGUACCUCUCACCCACUAUCCCGUUCAUCCUCAUUGAGCACACCUUAUCACACCCUUUCUGACUCCUCAUACUCCCCCACUUACACACAAACUCCCUCCACGUCAAGCAAUUCUUCUAGCACACUCUCCCCCUCAGCAAGCAACCUAUCUCGGGUGUUCUCUCCCUCGACAGGUGCCUUCUGUCGUCCACUAUCUACCACAACAAGCAUCACUAGAUCUCCUCCUGAGUCACUGUACAGUGUUCCAACAGCUCAAAGGAGGGACACUAAAGAAAAAAAUAAGUGCCUUCUCCAAUAACUUGGCUUUGUCAGGAUUGAGCAGUAAGUUAAUGGAAAGUUUUGAUCGCGAACUUCAUUAAAAAAUAUAUAUAUAUUAAGAAAGAAAAUGUAUUAAAAUGAUGAAUGAUAAGUGCAUUUGCAUAUUAAAGAUGUAUAGCUGUGUAUCUUUACCUGUAAGGGCUCAACAACAGUAAAGCUGUUCACAACAAACCCGAAGUUUGUAAUAUUGCAAAAAGAUGAAUUUGAUGAUGAUGUUUCCUAUUCAGGUCUGCUGACACAGUCCAUACAUGAAACAUGUAAUACAUGAAAUACAUGUUUUAAACUGAAACACUCAUAAAAUCAUUGAUUGUGUAUGUUUUUUGGACUAGCUUACUUGUUUCUAAGAGAUUUUCAAACAGCCUAAUGUCAGAAACAUUAUUUAUUUGGACAAAUAUAAUCUUUAUUGACAUUAAACUGAAUCAAUGGCUCCUGUGUGUCUAACAGGCUUAUUGUGCCGGAAAUGAAGGUUCAAUGUGACGUAUUUAAAAGGGUGUAUACUGUCAUUAGUGUGAUCUAUUGCCUGUUUGUUAUACUUGGAUACCUUCAUAACAGGGGAGUGGUUACAUAUACUGUAAGUUUCAUUUAGUCAGAAAUGGUUUUGUCGCAUGCUGGUCACCUGUUUUGUAGGUAAUGGAGAGCAAAGGUCUACUUCAGCUUUGACCAUAUGUACAGUUCGUGCGUUUGCGAGGGCCAACAGUCCGGUGUUCUACUACGGUGACUGA